GGAAAACACUGAAGGCGGGAGACCCGGUGGACAAGAUGGAGCUGCGGAAUGCUGACAGCUCCUUGGGAGAAAUUGGGUUCUGGGUGGACAGGACACCCGUUCAUGAGGCUGCCCAACAGGGCGAAACCUUGCAGCUCCAGCAACUGAUUGAGAAUGGUGCUUGUGUCAACCUGGUCACUGUGGACUCCAUCACCCCUCUGCAUGAGGCUAGCCUUCAGGGUCAGACACAGUGUGUGAAACUUCUGCUGGCUGCCGGUGCCCAGGUGGAUGCCCGGAACAUUGAUGGCAGCACCCCCCUUUGUGAUGCCUGUGCCUCGGGCAGCAUUGAAUGUGUGAAGCUGCUGCUCUCUCAUGGGGCAAAGGUCAACCCACCACUGUAUACUGCAUCCCCACUACAUGAAGCCUGCAUGAGUGGAAGUUCUGAAUGUGUGCGACUUCUCAUCGAUGUUGGGGCUAAUCUAGAAGCCCAUGAUUGUCAUUUUGGUACCCCACUACAUGUUGCCUGUGCAAGGGAGCAUUUGGAUUGUGUGAAAGUGCUACUUAAUGCAGGAGCCAAUGUGAAUGCAGCAAAAUUGCAUGAGACAGCUCUUCAUCAUGCAGCCAAAGUAAAGAAUGUAGACUUAAUUGAGAUGCUAGUUGAGUUUGGAGGCAACAUUUAUGCCCGGGACAAUCGAGGAAAGAAGCCUUCUGACUAUACUUGGAGCAGCAGUGCCUCUGCCAAAUGCUUUGAAUAUUAUGAAAAGACACCUCUGACCUUGUCACAGCUUUGCCGAGUGAGCUUGAGGAAGGCUACCGGCGUCAGAGGACUUGAGAAAAUUGCCAAGCUGAAUAUUCCUCCGAGGCUCAUCAACUACCUCUCAUACAAUUAAGACGAAGACACAGAAGACAGAGCGGUCUUGGGAUCUCAUCCUGUGUUGCUACGAUUAUUUGUCCCAACAUCUGGAGGAGGAAAAUGACUUCAGUGUCUGUAGUGGUAUUAAUGCCAUUUACAGGACAUUUCCAUUUGUCCUCCUCUCCCUGUUCUAUCAGAGAAGCUACUUCAAGCGUAAUAAGAAAACACUAAUUCUUAGUUCUUUAUCAUAGACAUGCUUCUGAGAUAGCGCAUAUUGGAAUUGUAUCCUAACUUUGUCACUGCCACAGUGUCCGAGUUAGUGGUGGAAAGGAAGUUGCUAGUCUGGGCUUCUUUAUUUGACAACCUUCCUCAGAGUGACUCAGUACAAAGCAUAACUCAGAGCAGAGAGGGGAAAUGGCUGUUGUGGACCCCUCUGUGGAUACUCCUGAGCUUCCUUGUCUUUCCCAUAUCUGGUGGGAGCUCAUGGAGAUGUUUAUCCCUUAGUGGAACUGAUUCCACUUCACACUGACCUUCUUUGGGAUUAGAUGUUUAUAGGUGAGGGUGGAUUGAGGUCCAAAGGCCUGGGAAAACUUAAGGGCAAUCCCUUUCCAUCACUGACAGCAAACAUGCCUCUUUAUUUGCAUAAUGCCCUGUUUUACAUUGUAACAAGGUACAGAAAAGCCCCCUGAUUGAAGGGAUUUCUGUUUCUCAGGAAGCUUUUUAUUGGUCAGAGUUGAAGAGAAUGACCAUAGCCUGGUAAUAUUUGUUUUGAUUACAAGGAGUUCAGUCCACUACUAGUUUAUUUCAAGAUUGGAAGGCCUAUUUAUCUACACAGGGGAGGGAGGACCCAUUGCUAUAUAAUUUUAAAAAAUUUAGCUUUUCUCAAGGUGGUUCCCUACAUCAUGAGUAAAGUUAAACCUCAUUUCAGUCUUAAAAGCCUAGUUAGUUCACUAUUACAGGAAAUGAUGAUAAAAUAAAUUACCUUGUUGGUGUUCAGCGCCUUUCAACUCUAAUUGAAAACUCUUCUUAAGCAAUUAAACCUACUAACGUUUGCACAUAAAAUUUCUGCUACCUUCCUCAACUCUCCUUGGCUCCCUAAUCCAGACUUCAAUAAAAGCUAUGGGUCAAUAAAGGGACAAUCUUGUAUCUGUAUUGCCUUUUUCUUCU